UAUGCACUGGAAAAUCAAUUUAGGGGACAAAUGUUGUCCCUUAAUGGAAAAGGUGUGACUGCAGUUGAACUGGAAGAGAGGGGGCACGCAGAAGGAUGGGAAUCCCUUCAGGGGGUACUUCACGCUAAAAAGUUUGAGAACCACUGCUCUAGUGUGGUGACGAAGUGGAAGACCAAAGCCUGUAAAAAGCACCUGACCAAGACUGACCCUCCAAAAACGAACUGCAAGGAAGUUAUUUGCUCUUUUAAUCAGGAUCCAGGAAGCAGAAAUGGUUGUUUUGCAUUGGAAUGGGAAUGUAACUCUGCAACAUUUAAUCCAUCUCAAAGGCCCAUGAGGGAAACCGUGAUGGAGGACCACACGUGGACAGGAUCCCUCAGAUUAGAGAUUAGGCCUGUGAGAGAAGCCAAAAGCAUGUUUAAGCUCCAUUACAGCGUAUGGGGGGAGGGGACAACAAACAGUUCAACGUCCCCCAACCAAACACGUUUAGAUGUCCUUAUAUGGAUAGUGUUAUUCAAAUUUGUCUGCAAACUUUACAAACUAAACAGGAAACGGUUAUCUGUCAACCAGGAUGGACUUGAAACUUGCUCCAUUUAAGUUGUAGAUUAAUAUUGGGUGAGUUUAAAUGCUGUUGAGACAUUAGAUGUGGGAGAAUGAAAGUAUUUGCUGAUAAACAACUAGCUAAGCAAUUAACUGGAGUUUACUAGUCCACUGCUGCAACUCAGACAGGAACAUCACUUGUUUUUCUGUUUGAUCAGGUUUAAGAAGGGUGCAAGGAGCACUUAACUCACAGAGGCUUAAUGUUCUCUAAUUUACAGCUGGACCUAAAGGCAAACAUGCUGCUAUGAUGUGUGUGUCUGCGUCUCAGUGCUGGGCUGGCUGUCGGGUGGAUGGCCGCUGCCAUAUAAUUAUGUGUACAUGAAAUGAGGGUGAGGUGCAUUGCAAAACCCACGUUAAGUGCCUUGGGGUGGUCAUUGAAAUCAUUCUGUACUAUUUUGUAAUUGUUGUUAUUGUUUUGUAGCUGUAUAGAUUACAGAGUGGUUGUUACUUGAAAACACUAGUCUGUAGAAUUCUGAUUUCACAUCAAAACAGAGGUUAAAGGGAUUGUUCUCUCAAAAAAGAAAAAAAAAAGGUCAUCAUUUACCCACGUCAUUCCAAACCUGUGUUACUUUUUUUUCUUGUCGAACAUAAAAUAUAUUCAUUAUAUUCACAAGCCUAUGUAUGUAAGCAUUAUAUUCAAAUGCACUAUAUUGUGAAGUUGUUUAGACCCAUAUUCCCAUUAAAUUUCAUUAUAUGUAAAAUGUUAUUAUAUUAUAUUAUAUUAUAUUAUAACUAUUGAGAAGGAAAGAAAUGAGUUCAUUAUCCAUAGUGUAGAUAACAUGUCAUUUCACACCAAAAUCCAUUGCAGAAUAACACUAGGGAUUUGUGUCACUGCAGACAGAUUUCAACAAUGAGGUUUUUCCAGACAGACACAACUGAAAUCAUAGAUUAAGCCAUUCCGUGACAUCAGCCAGUAAUUUAAUUCACACUUGUACUGUAGAUUCACAUGGUUUUGCUUCUUAGGAAUCAGCAGUGAGCUAACAGGAAAAAUCAGCUCUUUUCAAUUAUACUGUAUUUCUUUUCCACAGUCAUCUGAAUUUGUUCCAUGGAUUAAAGAUGAGAAUGAAGUCAGACCUGGAAUGACACACUGGCUCUGUCCUCUGUCUUUCGAGUUCACAGGAAACUCAGCUGUCUGUCAGCCCAGACUGCAGGCCGAGAAUAGUAAUGAAAGAAUAAACGACAGCUGGUAAAGAAAAGGCAAGAAAAAAUAGUAACUUCACAGCAAAUCUAGAAUAAAAUAAUACAAAUAAUAAUAAAAAAGUAUAUUUAUACUUGUUAAUUUAAAUCAGUGACUCAUUGAAUCAUUAACAUUAAACCGAUUCCUUCAAGACUGUUUGUAUGAGUGAGUCAUUGAAUUAUUCAUUCAACAUUCAUAUUUUCAUUCAUCUAUUUUCGUAAUCUUAAAGAUUACGUGUUUCUUCAAUUUUGUUUGUAUUGUCAUUGUUUGUGGUUGCUUCUUCAGUAUAAUUAAUAGCCUAUUGUCAUUUAUAUCCAUGCACCCCUGUGCAACCCAUUAACCACCCAUUUACAGCUGUCCACUUGUGAUCGGCUCAUCCUAAAUGGAUGCUAAUACAGAGUGUAAAUGGAAAGGCCUGUGAAGGUUCAAACUACCGGGCAUUUUUUUUUUCUUUUUUCAUGUAGCAAAUAUAUAGUAGAAAUGGAUGUUUUCCAUGGUCACUGUGGUGUUUUAGCCGUAGUUCCGGCUAAUAGUGUCAGAUAGGUGGACCUAGAACCAAAUGAAUAAAUUUGUCAUGCUAUUUUCCUUGAAGCCUCGCUCUGACAAGCAGGAAAGAUUUUAUUGCUCCCCAAACCUUUUAGCAUUAAAAGAUUUGAGGACCUCAGUAAUGAACUCUGUCAUGUGGCUCUAAAAUUCACAGUGACCUCCUAUUUUGUAUACAGAAACGUGUAAUGGGUUUUUGCCUGAAUGACUUCAGCUGCAUUCAUUUGUACAUACAAAGUAGCAGUUCAUCAGUUUAGUGAUGUUUUGUUAUUUCUGCAUGUGUCUAUCUUAUUCUGUGACUGCGUUUUAGGAGUGAGUCAUAUGCUAUUGAACGCAUGACUCCUCUGACUCAUUAGAUGUCCUGUCCUCGCAGAUGCUUUUAUUUAUUCCAUGUGUGCCGAGACAUUACCAAACUGGCCCGUGUGAUCCGAAAGGCCACACGAGAUCAGUAUUUCAGCUUCCUGCUGUGAUUUUUCCCUCAUUGCUGCUUUGCACUUCAGAGCUGAAGAUCUCUGACAAAGAGCACAUGUACAUCUUGAGGCUACCAUAGAAGAACAGAUGUUGAUAUGGCUGUCUGGACCCCUUUGGUCCAAUUUCAACCUGUUUUAGUCUUCCUUCAGGGAAUCUUAGUUCAGGAAGAGAGCAAGAAACAGGAAAUAAGAGGGGCUCUCACUAGGGAACAGCUUUGAGCUUUUACUCUAAUUAGAGAACAUCACUUCUCAACCGUUAGACACCAAACUCCAAGAUGUCACCACCUGGAAGCUAUUCGUGUUUGCUUUUUCUUUACCGUUUUUGACGAGACUCCUAUGCAAGUCCACAUUUGAGAGGUUAUUUUCUCUGACCCAAUGGACAGUCCAAACUGCACACUUUGCACACUCGGGCGGGUGAUAGCAUCUGGGCUUUGCCUGUGUGACGCCCAUUGUUUAGGUAAUGAUGUCAGAAAGGAAAUGCGUAAGCCAGGCCGCCCUCUUUAUGUAAGCAGACGGGAGGAGAAAAAGAAGGAAAAGAUUAUAGAGAUGUUUUUCAAACUGUUGGCUAUAAAUACGGCUCUGUGUGUGUUUUUAGACCUCUUUUACUAGACAACAGAGCCGUGUCUGUGAAAAAGGCGUCAACUGGACAAUGUUUUGACAUUUGGAUGUACUUUAGAAUGUUUUUAGGUGUUUUGAGGCUUUUUUACGUUUGAAAGGAGAGUUCACCCAAGAAUGGAAGUUUAUUUACUCAUACUCAUGUUGUUCCAAAACCUGCAUGACUCUUUCAUCUGUGAAACACAAAAAUAGAUAUUUUGAAAUGUUGUUGUUUUUUCUUUCACCCAAAUCAUGAAAGUCACUGGGGUCUUUGGUUGUUUGGACAAAAACAGUUCCACUAAAGAAAAGAAAGCCAGUUUUUUUUUCUUCUUUAAAUCACUCUGAGGGAUCAGAAAUCCACACAGCUGCUUUAGACCACAUCGUUAGGACAAAAAUUAGAAGUUUCAGUUGUAAGUUUGAGAAGAUUUCAUCAUAAGUGUGUAAACUGGCCAUUGACUGAGCAGCUGGCUGCACUUCUCCAGUCCAGACUGUAGCGUGUGUGCCACACGUUAUGAGCUCAUAUUACCGCAGCCGUUGAAACCUGAGAAAGAGCGGAACUUCCUCCAUCCAAUCCAUCCAGUUUUAGUCCAUCCUGCGAUCGUGCUAUUUAUAGACUCACAUCCUUUUGUCAUUCCAGAGGGGCUUCCCAAUCCCUUCAUGGCUUCCCAGUCUGUGUUUUUUUGGCUCUGUUGCUCCAGACUCGCCGGGCCGGCCCAUUCCCUCCUCUUUGGGUCGGGCUGGUCGUUUAUAUUCCCGCCAUCACGUAAUUAGUUUUCCGGACUGUGGAACUCCCUCCCCUUCCCUGCACACCCCUCAGAGCACCCCUUCCACAAAGUCAGUGGAAAAAAGGAGAGAAGGAAAGAGCGCGCGCAACGGAGAGGGUGAGGAUUUAGUGGUCUUUAGUUGGACUGAGAGCGUGCGUCUUUUUCCUAUGAGACGGCUUUGCCUGGCAAGGAGAUGGGCAGCCACAGGCCAAAGGGAUGUUGAUGUUUGUAGGGAUCAGAGAUCGACAUGUGGUGUUUGCACUGCGCUUCAGACAGAAGCCAGUCUCUGCUGGAACUGGGGAGCUGUGUGGAAGGUGAGGCUCCGGGUAGUGAGGCGGGCCCCUCUCUAGAGAACAGUGGUGGUUACUUACGAGGGCCGGUGAGCCGCAGUGCCAUCAUCAGUGGCGAGCACUUCGACGGCCCUCCACUGUACGUUCACGAGGUACGGCAGCGCCCACGGCGACCUAAACUCCAGCAUUCCCAGUCGAUCCUACGCAAGCAGGCAGAGGAGGAGGCCAUCAAACGCUCCCGAUCACUGUCUGAGAGCUAUGAACUCUCCACCGACCUCCAAGACAAACAGGUGGAGAUGCUGGAGCGCAAGUAUGGAGGGCGUUUUAUAACCCGACAUGCUGCUCGCACGAUCCAGACUGCCUUCCGACAAUAUCAGAUGAAUAAGAACUUUGAGCGCCUCAGGAGUUCUAUGUCGGAGAACCGCAUGUCCAGACGCAUAGUUUUGUCCAAUAUGAGAAUGCAGUUUUCGUUUGAAGGACCUGAAAAAGUCCAUAGUUCCUAUUUUGAGGGGAAGCAGGUGUCUCUUACCGACGAUGGUUCUAAACUAGGAGCCUUGGUGCAAUCGGAGCGAGGGGAAAUGGUCCCCGCCAACAUGAAGUCUCCAGCGGUCCAGAGCGAUUUCACAGACGCCAUUACAGAGUUGGAGGACGUUUUCUCUCGACAAGUGAAGUCGUUGGCAGAGUCGAUAGAUGAUGCUCUGAACUGUCGCAGCCUACAUGGAGAUGAGGGACAGCCAGAGUCAACCAGAGUUCAUCCAGACAUAGAGCAAGAGGUUGCCUACCAGGUCAAGCCUUCCCACAGCAGUGACCACCGGAAGCGAGAUGAGAUGACAGCGUCCUACAGUGAUGUGACACUUUAUAUAGAUGAGGAAGAGCUCUCUCCUCCUCUUCCUUUAUCACAAUCAGUUGAAAGACCCUCUAGCACGGAGUCAGAUCUUCGUCUACGUUCUUUGAACUCACAGGACUACUGGUCUCUAGCUCAUAAAGAUGAAAAGGGCGACACAGACACUAGCUGCCGCAGCACCCCAUCUCUGGAGUGUCAAGAGCAGAGAUUGAGAAUAGACCACCUUCCCCUGCUCACUAUCGAACCUCCCAGCGAUAGCUCAGUUGAGCUGAGCGACCGCUCUGACCGAAGCUCGCUCAAAAGACAGAACGCUUACGAUCGGGGCAUCGCCAGCCAGCAGGGCAGCCCAAAACACAUCCCCUCCCACGCGCUCCCACCACGGGGACCGGCGAGAGAUGACGACGCUCCUCGUCAUCGGCCGCGGCAGCUGGAAAGCCACCUGGCAAUCAAUGGCACCGCCAACCGGCAGAGCAAAUCCGAGUCCGACUUCUCUGACGGGGAUAACGACAGCAUCAACAGCACUUCCAAUUCCAAUGAUACCAUCAACUGCAGUUCAGAGUCUUCAUCCAGGGAUAGUCUUCGAGAGCAGACCCUCAGCAAGCAGACCUAUCAUAAGGAAACACGCAACAGUUGGGACUCACCAGCGUUCAGCAAUGAUAUCAUCCGCAAGAGGCACUAUCGCAUCGGCCUGAACCUUUUCAACAAGAAACCUGAAAAGGGCAUCCAAUACCUGAUUGAGCGAGGAUUUGUCCCAGACACACCUGUGGGAGUUGCCCAUUUCCUGUUACAGAGAAAAGGGCUGAGUCGACAGAUGAUUGGCGAGUUCCUGGGCAACAGGCAGAAACAGUUCAACAGAGAUGUUCUUGACUGUGUGGUAGAUGAGAUGGAUUUCUCUGGAAUGGAGCUAGAUGAAGCCUUGAGAAAAUUCCAGGCGCAUAUCCGGGUGCAGGGAGAGGCACAGAAGGUGGAACGACUCAUUGAAGCCUUCAGUCAGCGCUACUGCAUCUGCAACCCGGGGGUGGUGCGUCAGUUUAGGAACCCAGAUACCAUCUUCAUCUUGGCGUUUGCCAUUAUACUCCUCAACACGGACAUGUACAGCCCAAACGUGAAGCCAGAGAGGAAGAUGAAACUGGAGGACUUUGUAAAGAACCUUCGCGGGGUGGACGAUGGAGAGGACAUCCCUCGAGAGAUGUUGGUGGGCAUCUAUGAGCGAAUCCGGAAACGAGAGCUUAAGACAAAUGAAGACCAUGUGUCCCAGGUGCAGAAGGUGGAGAAACUCAUUGUUGGCAAGAAGCCGAUCGGGUCUCUGCACCAUGGCCUUGGAUGUGUGCUGUCUCUACCACAUCGCAGACUGGUAUGUUACUGCAGGCUGUUCGAAGUGCCGGACCCUAACAAACCUCAGAAGUUGGGUCUCCACCAGAGAGAGAUCUUCCUGUUCAAUGACCUUUUGGUGGUCACUAAGAUUUUCCAGAAGAAGAAGAAUUCGGUGACGUACAGCUUCAGGCAGUCCUUCUCUCUAUACGGGAUGCAGGUGCUUCUGUUUGAAAACCAGUAUUACCCCAAUGGAGUGCGUCUCACUUCAGCUCUUCCAGGCGCAGACAUCAAGGUUCUCAUUAACUUCAACGCCCCCAACCCGCAAGACCGCAAGAAGUUCACAGAUGACCUGCGGGAGUCCAUCGCAGAGGUGCAGGAGAUGGAGAAGUACAGAAUAGAAUCUGAACUGGAGAAGCAAAAAGGUGUGGUGCGACCCAGCAUUUCCCAGAGCUCAGGGCUGAAGAAAGAGACAGGAAAUGGCAAUCUGAGUCGCACCAGUCUAGAUGACAGUUACGCCAUAGGUGAAGGCCUCAAGAGAAGUGCCCUCAGCAGCUCCUUACGUGACCUUUCGGAUGCAGGCAAGCGGGGGCGCCGCAGCAGUGCAGGAUCUCUAGACAGCAAUAUGGAAGGGUCCAUCAUUAGCAGCCCCCACAUACGGCGCCGAGCCCCUUCCAGCCGCGACUGCCCCUCCCGCCAGCAGUCCAUCCCCAACUCCUCCUCUCUCCUUGGCUCCCUAUUCGGCACCAAGCGGGGCAAGUCGCCCUCUCUGCCUCCCCAGUCCUCCCACCCCGCUCACCCGACACUCAUCUCUCACACCCCGCACCCUACCAACCUGCACCACACGGCCCGCGACGGCGUCACCAUCACCGAGACCCAAGCCCAGAUGCACCCCCACCACGCUCAGUUUUGCCACAUGCAGAAUCCCCCUCCGUACCACCACCACCAUCACUACCCCCCGGCGCACAUUCAACACCCGCCCCACCAGUACCCCCCGCCCGGCCCCUCUUCCUCUCACAGCCACUCGCACGGUCCCCACGGCCACGGGCCGCACCCGUCGCACCCCUCCCACUCCCAGCAUGCGCCUCACCACCACAGCCAGCCUCCGGCUCCUCCUCCGGCGGCCGGCAGCACCAAGCCCAAACACAGCGGCAUCAGCACUGUGGUUUGAGCCUUUCCAUAAACUCUCUCCUCAGAACGGGACCGUUUUUGGCAGGGUGACCGUUGGGCCUCUGUUUAGAUUGUAACGUGCAACGGAUUGUUGCUGCCUACUGGGACAUGAACAAAAGGGCACCUUUGACUCACGUUUCAACUCAUCCCGUUUCCUCAGAGAAAAGGGAGCCACAAUGUGUAGCACCGGCCUUCUGGGGCGGCUAGAACUCAAAUCAUCAGUUCUUACCAGUCAUUGCUCAAGCUGUAGAGCCCCAGACAAAGCUGCUGCUGCUGCUGCUGCUGCUCCAUUUUAGAGACUUUCAACCCUCUCGACUUUGGCGGUGAAGCAAAAGCAUGCUCAAAAGACCGUGGCAACUGUUUUCUUGUACUUAAUUACCUAAAUGCAUUAACAAAUAGCCUGCUUAUUAGUUUGCAGAAACUAUGUUUUUGCUAGAAGAACGGUUUGAGAGAUCGGCCUGUCGAAGUCAGUCACAACGAGUGGUGUUCCAGUAUUUAAUGUAGCUGUAGACCACACAUUUCUGUGAUAUAGUUAGGGGACUAUAACGUGCCAAUUAUUAAAAAGCAGUGAAAAAAGAAAAGAAAAAAGAUUUGCUUUGUGUAUGUCGUGCAUAUAGUAUUUUGUAAAAUAAUAAUAAUAAUAAUAAUAUUAGCAACUAUUGUUAUUAUUGGUAUAGAACAAAGACGAUCCGAAGCCUCAGAUUAAAAUCUCAGUAUUCUCUGUGUACUCACGACGUAGGAGUUACUAGUUUUCACUGAUACUGAACUCAGUAGGUGGCCAAUUGAACAACGUGGAAAUUAUUGGUUGCCUUGGAGUUGGAAGAUUCUCCCGGAAUCUCCGGCUUGUGUCUGUUCCACCUCCUUUGGGAUCUACGUAGCGCUAACCAAUCACAGGGAUUGUGGGAAGGGGGGGGGGAACACUGACGGAUCCUCCACGGCCUCGACUUGUCGGUCCCGGCCACUGCUGCAACAUGGUUUUAUUUUUUUAACUAUUUUUUUAGUGAUGAAUAAAACAAUAUGAAACAAAUGUACAUUUGAAGAUGUUUAUGGUAAAGCCGGUUGCGAUGAAAAGGCUAUUUUGACGUCUAACAUUAGCGGUAGUGUCGGAGGAAAGCAGGCUGCACUUAAAAGCUGAUCCAUUCUCUCCCCGUAUUUCAGAGCUUAGUUUGUGCAGAGAUGUAGAUUUUUCUCAGCAGGCUGAGCGUGUGCCCUCUUCUGUGUGGAAAUGAAGUAGAUUUGAUACAUAUUCUUCUGUCCUCCUGUGAGAAUGCCUUUCACUUGCUCAGAAACACAGCUAAUGUAAUGUAAUCUAACGUAAUGUAAACUGCAUAUAAUAUGUAGCAGUGGGUCGGAUGGAUGUGUUCUCACUCAGAACGGAUUUGGACAUGUUUUUUUUUCACGCAUAUCCCCUCUCUCGGUUCACUUUUUGACUUGUUUUAUACUGUAAGUAGGUAAAUGGUGACAGAGCUGUGAUUCGAUGUAUUCGUUUGUGUGUCGACGCUCUUUUAACUCAAGCACAGAGCUUCUGAACAGCACUUGUCUUUGUAAAUACUCACUUAAUGUACAGAAAUCACAACUGAAAACCAGUGUCAGCAUUUACGACAUUUGCUGUGCAUUGUUUCUCUUUUUUCUAAUUUUGUUUGUUUGUUUUUUUUUAAACUAAUCAUGUGCAAUAUGUAUGUUUCGGUUUUGUAAAUUCAGAAUUUCAACCAAUUGGUUGGUUGGUUGGUUGGUUUGUUUUUGUUAUAUCAUAUUUCUAACAACAUAUACAUCUGACCCCAUAUUGUUUCUCGCCCACAUCGACAACUUCUUCUCCCUCGUCUCUGUUUUACCUGCAACAUACUGUCAGGAAUGUCAACUAAAGUACUCUUGCAUGUAUAUUGUACAAAAGAUUCUCUAGAUAUUGCAUAUUUCCAGAGAUAUUAUCAGUGUUACAGUUGACCGUUGUUAAAUGAGUGAUGAUGAUGAUGAUGAUGAUGAUGAACAUAUUAAAAUCUGUAGACUUCUCUUCAUUCGAAAUGUCUUUAUCCUGUUUCGUACCGAAAUAGAAUCAAUUAGGAGACAUCCGUUUGUUUAUCAGGGCUUAAAAAUCAAACACUGAUCAUCCAAUAGUUUAUAAACGAAAAUAUUAGCCGCAAGGGCACGUCAGUGUAGUAAUAAAAGCUUACGGAUAAUGGAUAAUAAAUCCGUGUCUAUGUCAUUAUCAGACUUCAUAACACCUGGCUUGUUCCCAAGAUGCACUGAGGCCAGUAAUUUGUACAACACAACAUUAAUCAGACCGUCUCUGUGUAUGAAUGCGAUCACCCGAAGCCAUUUCUGAGCGUAAAUUCAGAGAACUGAGUCUUUUUAUAUGUUUUUUUUUAUUUUAUUUUUUUUUUAGGUUUUUUCACCUUCUGAGUUGAAUGUUUUUAUGGAUUUCAGUGCAGUGUAUUUGUAAAUGUAUUGUGGUGCUUCAGCUUUGUACUGUAUAGUACUGGACGGUCAAGUCAAAACAUCACAAAGCUUUGCAUGCAGCUGAUGCCUAGCACCUCUGGUUGAAAUGUGAGCUUAUUUAAAAAUGAAGAAUUGUGCUUUCUUUUUAUUAUGCUCUUUCUCAUUUUUGUUUGUUCGAUUGGUUUUAUUGUUUGUUUCUGUUUUGUUUGUUGGCUUGCUGUUGCAUUUUAUUCUGUGCCACUUCUCGGCAUGUGUAUCACUUGUUUACUCCCUGAAAAGAUCAUUACACUUCUAUAAAAAGCCUGUCGCUGUAUAUAUAUAUAUAUCAUAAAACCAAUGUGAGAAAUUAGAAAAAAAAUGCAUAUCAUAUAUAGAAAUCUAAUAUGGAUGAUAAAGGGAAAGUGUAAGUGUAGGGGGUUUCUGGAUGGCUGUGUACAUAGACUGUAUUAUACUUUUUUGUUUUUCGCUCAGCCAUCGCAUUGACGGUGUAGUCCUUUUCCACCUUGAAGAGACUCAUAUUAACAUGACACUGCUUCUGCUACCAAAUGUACUUAUUUGAAUUUGUCAUAGGAUCUUCUUUAAUAAGCCGACUGUUACAUGACUCUCACCGCCUUUCAUGUGCGUCCACUCAAACAUACAUUUCUGUUUUUUUCUUCUUUUUUUUACUUCCAAAUGAGGAGAGGAGAACUAUGGUUUUAAUAUGCAUUCUGUUUCUAAGUAGAUGACGAGACCCUAUUGAUGUUUAACUAUAACUGUGACCAUGUUGAGAACAUGAAAUAAAACAAUAUACCAUGAA